GUUGAAAUGUCUGGAGGACAGAGUCAGAGUGGGAGCGCCGUCUCGCGGCGAUCAGCCUGGAUGCGUCUCCCAGCUCUGGAUUUAUGGCACGCAGCUGUUGAGCGCCUGACAGACGAGCGAGGAGCUCGAGCGCUGCUGCCUCUCACGCUGCUGGGAGCAGCUCAGGAUCUACUGCUUUGGAAAAAGGACUGCUGUGCCUCAACACGCAACCAUGUUUGCGUGUUUCCACUGCGUGGACCAGAUGUGACGUCAAACUGGCCAGAUGGUUCGGGAGCAGUAUGUCAGCACCACCCAGGGCGUCAGCGCGCCCCGGCCGGCGGCCGACCACAUCUACAAGAUCGGCAUCUACGGCUGGAGGAAACGCUGCCUCUACCUGUUUGUAUUGCUCCUCAUCGUCAUCCUGGUGGUCAACUUUGCUCUCACCAUUUGGAUCGUCCGGGUGAUGUGGUUCAACGCGGAAGGGGUGGGACUCCUACAAGUACACCCUGACGGCGUAAAGCUGGACGAAGGCGAGUCUGAGUUUCUUUUCCCGGUCUAUGCUCAGGAGAUUCACUCCAGAGAAGACACUCCUCUAGUUGUGCAUUCAUCAGAAAACGUCUCCCUUAAUGCCCGCAACGAGAAUGGGAACGUUACGGGGAGGACAUCUGUGGGUCCCAAAGAGGCUCAGGGGCACACUCACAAUAUGCUCUUAAACUCGCCCAACAACAACAUGCUGUUCAGUGCAGAUGGCGAGCAGACUUUGAUUGGUCCGGACAAACUCCGAGUCACAGGUCCUGAAGGAGCUCUGUUCCAGCAUUCUGUGGAGGUGCCGCUGCUGAAGUCCGAACUUUUGAAAGAUCUGAAGCUGGAGUGCCCGACCCGCUCUGUGACAAUGGACGCACCAAAGGGAGUUCAUCUCAAAGCUCUGGCUGGAAACAUAGAAGCUACUUCCAAAAUGGACGUCAUCCUGCAGUCGACUUCAGGGCUGCUGGUGCUGGAUGCAGAGAGGGUGCGCAUGCCAAGCCUGCCGCUGAGCAAAGGAGGCGUUUCUGGAAAUACUCAGGAUCUGUUUGAGGUCUGUGUCUGUCACAGUGGAAAGCUCUUUCUGUCCAAAGCUGGCCUAACUUCCACCUGCAGCGAAAAUCAGGACUGCUAGACGGACUCUGACAGUCAUUGAUUUUCUUUCUCUCUGAAGAAGCAUCUUUUGGAAGGCAACAAGCACAACUGUUUAUAUGGGGCUCAAGUUUUCUUCCUUUUGAUUUCUUUUAAUGCUCAGACCCAAGUGGGUCUGCAAUUUUCCCUCUUACACAUUUAAAAAUGCAUCCUGGCACACGCCCCGAGACACACCCUCUUGCAGUUGAAGUAAUGCGGGUCUAUCGAACUAUUGAAGUGAUGCAAAUUUGCGUUCCAGCUUAAAAACAUGUGCAUCGCAGAUUUAUGAGAAUGUUUUUACACAUGCAGUAUGAUGGCUGGGCAAUGAGGAGCUGGUAACAGCUUACAUCUUAUGCAAUAUUAUCUAGUGGUGCAAUAAAUUAAGUUAAUGCAUAUCAAGGCCUUGGAAAACUGGGACAUAAAUUGUAAUAGAUUUUUUUAUUCUAGAAAUAUUUAUUUUAGUUAAUGAUGCCUUCAUCCAAAACUCCAAGCCCUUGGUAUGUGGUGUUUUUUGUUUGUUUGUUUUUUGGUACACUUUCUAGUUUGUCAUAGACAUUUUAGAGACUAGAGGGUUUUCUUUCCCUUCUUUUAAGUCAAUUUUAAGUAUGUGAAGUGACUCCAUCGUUGUUGCUAAUUUUAAAUCAGAAGAACCACAUUGUGUCGACAUGAUAAGUUCAUUAACACACAUAAUGGAUCUUUUAUCAUGGUAUGUUUUGCCCAUCUUAUUUUAGAUCUUCUUCUAUAAUCAAGGAAACCACAAGAAAGUCACAAACAGGCUUGUUUAAGUUGUCUAAUGUAAAGUGAAAGGAAAGCUGGAAACAUUAUGUUUUGCCACAGCGACAUGGAGGUAGAAACAAAACAAGAGUAACAACCCUUAGUCAGGGAUAUCUGAUUGAAUAAAGGAGGAAAUGAUUGUUUGUAACUGUGUCAAUGCCUUGCACCAGAUGUGUGUUCUUUUAACACAUUAUGCAGAACAGGAGCUCAACAUUUGCCUUCACUGUAUGGAUGGAAGUGUCUUUUUGCAGCAUCUGAAAUAUUUUUUUUAAAGGUAAACGUUUUUGUAAUGACGAUUUUUGUGAGUGAAGGAUUGGUGUAUUUUACAUGCCGCAGUUUUUUGUAUUGAUUGUGCUGUGUUGGCAUUGUAAUAUGAAAAUAAUGGAGAAUAAAGGUGAUAUUCAGUUCUCACCUCAGGUCUGUCAUAUUUUAACAAAUGUAAUGUUUAUUUAUUCAUUUUAUAUGUUAAAUAAAUGUUGGUUUGCUUUGA